GGCGCCCUGCAGCAUUGGUGGACCCGCACUCGCCCGGCAGCCCUGCCCGUCUGCCCGCCGGUCCCGCGCGCCCUCGCUGCUGCCGGUCUGCGCCCCUCGGCCCCGCCGGCACCAUGCACCUCUCCCAGCUGCUCGCCUGCGCUCUGCUGCUCACGCUCCUCUCCCUCCGGUCCUCUGAAGCCAAGCCCGGGGCGCCACCGAAGGUCCCACGAACCCCGCCAGGGGAGGAGCUGGCUGAGCCCCAGGCUGCUGGCGGCGGUCAGAAGAAGGGCGACAAGACUCCUGGGGGCGGCGGCGCCAACCUCAAGGGCGACCGGUCGCGACUGCUCCGGGACCUGCGCGUGGACACCAAGUCGCGGGCAGCGUGGGCCCGCCUUCUUCAUGAGCACCCUAACGCGCGCAAAUACAAAGGAGGCAACAAGAAGGGCUUGUCCAAAGGCUGCUUUGGCCUCAAACUGGACCGGAUCGGCUCCAUGAGUGGCCUGGGAUGUUAGUGCGGCGACCCCUGGCGGCGGAUUGGGAACUUGCUCCGUGUGCUGAGGUCAUCCUUGGUCAUCAGCCUCUAGCAUCUGGAAACACCUCCAACGCAAUGUGGCUUUUACAUUUCUUUUUUUUCCCCCUGGUACUGGGAAUACACAACACCAGCUGUUUUAUUAUUAUUUGGGGAGGGGAGGGUAUGAUUUUAUUGUUUGUUUUUUUUUUGAAAAUGAAAAAUAAAAAGUUAUAUAUUAUAUAUAUAUUAUAUACAUGAAACACACACCUAAACCGACUUGAUGACAAGGGACAGUUUUUAAGAGACUGACAACACCAGCUGUAAGACAUUGCUGUUUGUAAAUUCAUGUCAUGCAUAAAUGUAUUUAUGUUGUAAAGCUAUUUAUAUUGUUUAUAAAGAGAUAUUUAUAAAAAUUUUAUUUAUGUAACUAAAUGAAAGAAGCCAAUCAUUGUAAUGUUUUUGUCCUAACUAGUUGAAAAUGU